CCUUAUACUUAUACAAUUCGAUUCUUCGAGGAGGUGUCCUAAUUUGGGAGAAUCGAAUUGAAUCGAAUCAAAUCGAAUCAAUAGAUCGAUGGAUAUUCAAGAAAGCAGUAGCAACAGUUUAGGGCAAAGAACUAUUGCUGCAGCUGUGAAGAUUAUUCCUCGGAGAGUUAAGUCGACAGUAAUGGAAGCUCGAAGAAUCGGGCGAGAAGAUCCUAGAAGAAUUGUCCACUCGAUUAAGGUUGGGUUGGCUCUAACGUUGGUGUCGCUGCUCUACUAUUUCAGGCCUUUGUACGACGGCUUCGGACAGGCCGGAAUGUGGGCCAUCCUCACCGUCGUCGUCGUCUUCGAAUACACUGUCGGUGGAACUUUGUUGAAAAGCAUAAACAGAGGGUGCGCGACAAUGGCGGCGGGUGGUUUAGGGAUUGCGGCGGAGUAUUUCGCCGGCCGUUGUGGGGAAAAAGGAGAGCCUAUCGUCCUCGGGAUUCUGGUUUUCUUUCUAGCGGCGGCGGCGAGUUUCAUGCGGUUUUUCCCGAAAGUGAAGCGGCGGUACGACUACGGGGUGAUGAUAUUUAUCCUGACGUUCAGUCUGGUGGCGGUGUCGGGUUUCCGGGUCACGGAGAUCCUGGAGCUCGCGCACCAGCGCCUCUCCACGAUUCUGAUCGGCGGGGCGACCUGUAUCAUGAUAUCCAUAUCCGUUUGCCCGGUUUGGGCGGGUCAGGAUCUUCACAACCUAAUCGCCGGAAACGUCGAGAAGCUCGCCGUCUUCUUGGAAGGAUUUGGGGAUGAGGAAGAAGAGUUUUUGCAAGAAAUUAUUAAACAAGAACAAGGCAAGAUUCCGUGUAAGAAAUCGUUUCUCCAAACCCAUAAAUUCGUGCUCAAUUCCAAGGCCACUGAGGAAUCUUUGGUAAAUUUUGCUUGGUGGGAGCCUUGCCAUGGUCGAUUCAAGUUUCGACAUCCAUGGAAACAGUAUUUGAAAAUUGGGGCUCAAGCUAGGGAAUGUGCAUACCUCAUUCAAACCCUAAUUGGAUAUAUCAACACAAAAUCUCAACCCAAAGUGUCAUCAGAUCUGCAAUUAAAGAUCCAACGUUUGUGCAUCAAAAUCAGCAAGGAAUCAGGAAAGGCCAUGAAAGAGCUGUCGAGUUCUGUCAAGAACAUGAUUUAUCCAUCGCCACGGGUUUCGACACACGCCAUUAAUUACAGAUCUGCACUGGACGAGCUCACGACGAUUCUUGAAAAUUCGACACUGCCCACGAAGGCUGAUCUUCAGGACAUCCUGCCUGCCCUCGUCAUCGCUUCUGUUCUCACCGACAUCGUUAAUUUCGUCGAUUUGAUUGCAGUGUCCGUCGAUGAACUUGCCCAGAAAGCUCAGUUCAAAAAAUUACCUAAUUCGACUGCGUACAAGAAACAGCAUCACAGUGUGAUCGUGAAACCAGUCGUGAUUAAGGUGGAUGCCUCGCCGGAGAAGACGCCGGAGAAAGAGAACACGCAGGGAACCGUCGCCGGACAGUGACCGGAGAGAGUGAAGUGCGAUUUUGUUAGUAUAUGUUUUCCUGAUACUAACUGGAGAGAAAAGCAUAUAUGUAACCGUACUUAUAAAUGUGGGCCCCGAUUCCCUAAUUAUGAGAUAGGGGCAGUAUAGUAAUUUCAGGGAGGGUUAGGUAUAAUAGAAAUAAAUUACUACUAAUAUAUGUACAUGAUUUGUAUUUUGUAACAUAGAAAUUAAUAUUUAAUUAUAUAUAUAUAU